ACUCGCUCUAGCAUACUGCGGAAGCUAAUUUACAAACUCUACAAGGAAAAGCGAAAACCUUUCUUUGUGAUUUUAUUUGCCAGUUGAAUAUUUUUAAGUCGUUUGUGAAAUUACGUAUAUUUGGCGAUAAUUGUGUGUAUUUUGAUUCUUGAAGUUGUUAAAAGUUCAGGACAAGUGUUCGAAUUUAAAUUAAACAAACCACAAAGUGUAUUGGUGAAAAAUAAGUCAUACGCAGUCAACGUGUUGGGCAGCAGACCAGUCUGAUUAUCGACUGUCUGUAUUGGACAGGAAUCGAGUGGUUCAUUUUAGCUGCGAAAUUGAAUUUAUAAUGGUGGAAAUAGCGCAAGACUUCACAAAGGGUAAAACUCCCGCAACGCUGUAUGAACAAUGUCUCGGCUGCUACGUCGCCAAACUCAAUUACAAUGUCCAAACUCUGGAUAGUGUGCAGCAGUUGCGAUAUUUGCCACCAGGCGUACUAAGCGAUGUUUAUGUCAUGAUGUCCAAGCAUGAUGAACUUAAGGACAUGCUGUUGGAGCAGCUCAUCGAUUUAAGCACCUUUGAACGGCUACUUCGGUUUGAUCCUGUGCGUCUAAAGCUUUUUCGUUGUCUAACCGCAUUGAUGAGUAGCGGUAAACUUCUAUCCACGCAACUUCAACAAAACUUUACCAUGCGCUAUCGCCAGAAACAAGACUCAACAAAAUUCAACAAGACUGCUACAACUGAGCCAAGCUCAAGCUCAAGCUCUAAACCGCUAAAGAAAUCGCCUAAUUUUCCCACUACCCCAACCAUGGUUGAUUUAUUUGCCAAUGCAAGCAUAAGCACAACUGUCAAAGAUAAUGACGUUUAUGAGAACUCAAGCGUGAAAACUGAGUCUUCAAUUGUUAAUGAUAUUGACCCAGAUGUAAUUUUUGAAGAAUUACCUUUGGAUGAUUUUCACUUUGGUUUGGAUGUUAUCGACUUUGGAUUACGGUUGGGCUCGUUUCUGUCCGAAGCCGGUUGGCUGGCGGACAGCGUAGAGAUUUUACAGUGUGUAGCGUCAAAAUUGCGUAACAUGCCAGCGGAUAAGCAACAUAUGCUCGUGCGGCUUGAUUGCCUGCAAAGAUUACUACAUUCCCAAUCUACUUUAUAUAGUUUUAAAUCUGCCGAACGCACAUUUGAUGAAACGGUGGCACUGCUCAAAGAGUUGUCUCAGGACAAUGUACCACGUGCACUAUUAGCAAAAAUUUACACUCAGUUCUCGGCCAUGUACUUUGCGCGCAGUGAAUAUGACAAUAGCCACAUGUGGAGCUCCAUUGCCAUGCGGCAUUUAGAAGAAUCAACGCCAGAAAGGAUUGCAGUAGAUGUUUUGCGGCAAGCAGCCAAGGCAUGCGUGGUGAAACGAGAUUUUCAACGAGCGAAUCUUCUAAUAAGUCAAGCAACGUACAGGGCGAGAAAAACCUUUGGUGCACAACAUCAAAAAUAUGCCGACAGCUUACUCGAUUACGGAUUUUUCCUUCUGAAUGUCGACUCAGUGUAUCAAAGCGUUAUUGUUUACAAAGACGCGCUCGAAAUUAGACGUAACAUAUUCGGCAAUCGCAAUUUUCAUGUAGCAAUAGCACACGAGGAUCUCUCUUAUGCUUACUAUGUUCACGAAUACAGCACCGGUAAUUUCUCUUGCGCACGCAAACAUGUCGAAAAAGCCAUCGAAAUUAUGGAAUACUUAGUGCCGAGAAAUCACUUGGUGCUGGCAUCAGCAAAACGUGUGAAAGCGUUGCUACUUGAGGAAAUCGCGUUAGAUAAGCUAACUGAUGGAGGCGCUGAUGAAGAUGGACUUUUGCGCCAAUCUGAGGAGCUGCAUAAUUUUGCGCUGAAGUUAUCAUUGGAAAUGUUCGGCGAAGUGAACGUGCAAACAGCCAAGCACUACGGCAAUUUAGGCCGACUUUAUCAAACUAUGAAUCGAUUUGAGGAAGCGGAACGUAUGCAUCUAAAAGCAAUACAAAUUAAAACAGAUCUUUUGGGUGCCUAUGAUUAUGAAGUGGGUCUUUCGAUUGGUCACUUGGCUUCACUUUAUAAUUAUCAUAUGGGAAAAUAUCGCGAAGCAGAAUCAUUGUACAUGCGCAGCAUUGAGAUUAGUUUACGCCUAUUCGGAAAAUCGUAUUCAGGACUAGAAUAUGACUACUUAGGCUUGUGUCAUGUGUACGAAACGCGUCGCGAAUUUGAAAAGUAUUUAAAGUAUGCGAUUAUACUGGAAAAUUGGCAGAUGUUACGCGGCCAGAAUAUCGCUAUGAACAAAACCUAUGCUGAAGCUAGCGACGACUACUCAUUGGAAGAAGUGAAAUAUCAAUUCUUUAACAUGUGCACGCAAAAUUCAACGACAACCGCGACCACAGAUACGGGAACGAUCGUACAUAAUUGAUUGGACCCACGUACGCGUACUAUAUAUAGGCACGCCAAUGCGCUCAAGACUACGUAAAACAGGCGAAUAGUAUUUACUUCCAUAUGCAGCGGCUUGACACAAAGUCUUCAAUCGAUUGCUUGUUCAGUCUAUAUAUUGUAUAUGAGGUUGUGUACUUUAAAGUGAUACGCUUGAAUUGAAAACUUGAUUAUGCUACAUCGGAUGCACAUACGACUCCACACACUGCUUACUUUAAUUAUUAUAAGCACAUUUGUUUUGUUUUUUUUUUACAUAUUUUCAAGAGAAAAGAACGAAACGCCCUAUGUUUAAUUUUUGACCAUCAUUAUUAUUUUAGUUUGUUGUAAAUCAUAUGAAUGAGUAAUGUGUAAAAUAUGUUAAAGAAAGCUGAUUCCCGCUAAGAUUUUUAAGGGUGUUAGCUGAACAAAGGUCAAGUCUAUUUUUGAAAAGCUAGAAACAAAUGUAGAGCUACUUUGAAUUUUUAGACGCAUUGCACAAAAACUCACAUAAACCGAUAAAUUAAGCUAGGGAAGUAGUUGCUUAAACUUUUGUGGCAUUAAUAACAAAGUAAAAAUUUAGAUAAACAUAGCAGAGGUGGCGUAGAACAAAUAUUUUGUUGCUACAGCCGGUGAAAAUAUAAACGCUCAUAUGAAUGAUAUAAUGCCUUGGAAAUUUUGACUUUGUGAAUUAAAGCUUAGAACACAUAUAUGUAUGUAGAUAUGCGAUUUUUUCACAUCAUGUUCAUUCAUACAAAAUUUAUAUUAAAAAGGUGCUGUUUUAUAUUGAGUUACACGACGAUAGCAAUAUUUAAAAAAAAUCCGCCAAUACAUAUUAAAUUUUUAUUAUACACUUGUAUUAUUGUAUUUCGGAAUUCGAUAGCAAAAUUAUCCUAAAUCGCGUUUAUGAUAAAUUUGCACAUUUUUUCUUAUGCCCGCCACGGAUUUUCCCGCUUUAAAAAGUAAUGUAUAAUUUUUUUUUUGCUUCUUCGCAAUUGUGUAGUAUUGGCAAGGUUUAUAAUUUUAUAUUUUACUUGGUUUCCUCUUAAAAAUUAUGUAUUAGAUACUCCAGUAUAUAUGUUUUUUUAACUUAUGGUUUAGUACAUACGAAUUUAGUAUUUGGUUUAAUGUUUUAUGUUUUUUCUUAGUUUUCAAGAAUUUAUGCGUUUGUAUUAGGGCUGUGCGAUUAUUCGAUGACUCGAGCAAGUUGGUUAAUCAAUUACUACAACUGAAAUCUCAGUGUUUUAAAACACAAUUGGUAUAUGUAUUCAUCCACAGCAUUAUUCUGUUGUCUUAAAAACUAAAAUAAAACAAUCUUUUUACAGUA